AUGCAUGUGGAAAGAAAGAUGCCAGCAGAGAAGAAUGACCUACAUCAUCCCACGCUAAGACGGACCCUGCGCGGUACGCCUUCAGCAUCGACAGUCCAGUUUCGCAACCUCAAAUACGCAUCGAUACCAGCACGAUACAAAGAAUCGAUUCCUGACGACAGGCUUGAAGUUGGGAAAGAUGGAGUUUUUGACGCUACCAAGUUCGGUCCAUCAUGCCCACAGCUGCGUGGAGCUCAAGCAUGGGACCUGACCUUGGUCGGAGAUGCUGUCUUGCCUUGCGGCCAUGGUCAAGGGAAAACAGAGAAGAUGAGCGAGUUUGAUUGCUUGAACGUGAUUGUCACAAUACCAAAGGGUGCUCUGAGCAGUGAAAAGAGCGGAGGGCGAGGGCUACCGGUAUUUGUAUGGGUCCAUGGUGGUGGUCUCAGUAUUGGGGCGAAUAGUUGGCCACAGUACGAUCUGCGUCGUUUUGUCGAGCGAGGUGUAGAAAUCGGCAAACCCUUCAUUGGUGUUUCGAUCGAAUACCGACUCAACAUAUUCGGUUUCCUGGCCAGCGAGGAGAUUGGCGCGGGUGGAAACAUGGGCUACAAAGAUCAGGUAUUGGCUUUUCGAUGGGUCAAAAAGCAUAUUGCUGGGUUCGGAGGCGAUCCGAACAACAUCACUACUGCAGGAGAGUCGGCAGGAGCGAUAUCUCUAUCAACUCUCCUCUGCGCUAAUGUUGGGGAAGAGGGACUCUUCGAGCGGGUUGUCAUUAUGAGCGGCGAAGCAUCAUUGCGCAAAUGGAGAAACAGGUGGUGGCAACAGAAGAUGUACGAGGAUCAGUUUAUCUAUUUAAAGGUAGACGGGAAGGACACCGAAAGCAGAAAAAAGAUCUUGUUAGACACUGAUGCGGAGGACUUGGUUCAGAAGCUGCCUUUGGCACAGCACUUCGCUGCGACAGUCGACGGUCAAUUCGUGACACCUGAGGUCACGAUUGAGACGAUGUUGGAUGGGUCAAGCGCUAUACAUAAGCCAUCAUGGUGCAAGGAGUUCGUGAUAGGAGACACACAACACGAUGGCCUCGUCAUAAAGGGGCGACUCAUCGACCAGCCCGAUAGUUAUGGAGGUCUUAAGAAGGCAUGCCAAACACAUCUGUCACCAUCCGAGACGCACCAACUCCUUUCGGCGUAUCAUCUCGAUGGCGAGUUUUCCAAGAAAGAAAAAGAGGACCGCAUGUUGAUACUUGGGUCCGAACUACGCUUCUAUCUGCCUGCGUUGGCAGCGUAUCGAGGGUGGAAAGCCUGCUCGCCACCAAGGCCUGCUUCACGAUACCACUUCCACGUUCCUAACCCAAUAGAUGGCCCUCAUAAAGGCCUUGCAGCCCAUGAGCUCGAUGUCGCAUAUCUCCUGCAAAACUUUGAUCCUCACUUCAGCGAUAACGAUCGAAAGAUAGCACGAGCCAUGCAAGACCGGUUCAUCAAAUAUAUUCACGGCGAGGGAUGGGUUGAGAAUGGUAAGAUGGUAGUGUUUGACAAAGAUGGCAUGGUUGACGUCGAUGAUGAAAAGUACGAUGGGAUGUAUCGUAAUGGAAGAGGAGCAUUACUAGAGAAGAUUGGAAUGGAAAGGUUGUGGCGUGUCUCAGAAAUGUGGCAAGGUGUGCGUCAAGAGGAAGAAGAGUGUCUAAGUUCCUCCGGCGAUUCGAAGUUAUGGUGA